CCAAAACUAAAUGAGCUACCUGGGCUUUCUCCAUUUUUGUGUCACCAGACCUAUAAAUUCUGUCAUCUAAAACAGUUUGCUAAAAUCUUCAGACAUUGGAAAGGAUGGCAGUUGAUGUGUACUCUGAAAUCCCAAGUUUAGUAGUGAGUCCAAGAAUCUCAUUUUCUCAUGAUCUCAGGGAAGCAGAAAUUGUUCCUGUUGAAUGUCACCACCACAGAUCAGAUGCAUUUCUCUUGGACUCCCCCAUCGAUUUCGAUUUCUGCAUUGGCCAAACCUUCAAGGAAGAACUCUCACCAGCUGAUGAGCUCUUUGCCAAUGGCAAAAUCCUUCCCAUUGAAUUCAAGAAAAUAGUGCCAGACACUGAACGUACAUCUCACUCUUCUCAAACCCGACAAUGCUGGCAGUCUCGUGGACUGGGCCGCUCAGUGUCUGAAGUCACUAAGUUUGUGCCCACCAAAGAAAUCACCAAGUCUGAGGCAGUUUUUGUGCAUCCUCAGACAAACAAACCUUCAACUACAGCAACUGAGAGUGCAAAUGAGGAUACAAAGAAGAAGAUGCUGAAAGAGUUUUUAUCCAGCAGUUCUGAGGCAGAAGAAGAGAAGCCAUCAUCAAAAUGUACAAAACCCUUCUGGCAAUUUGGACGAAGCAGUAGCCUAAAUUGCGAUAAUUCACAUAACAAAGGCUUAUUUCCUUCAUUACAGAUCCUACUGAGAAGCAAUUCAACUGGUUCUGCUCCAAAUUCAGGUCCACGAUUGCUUCGCAAGGUGAGUCAGAAGCAGAAUUUACAGAAACAACAAUCAAUCCCAAGCUCAAAAGCUUCCUUAUCAUCCACUAAUGUGCAUUGUUCUUAUAAUCCAUCAAAGAGACCUCCACUGCAGAAGAAUUGCAGAUCUUACAGCAAUGGAGUUCGGAUUAGUCCUGUUCUAAAUAUCCCACCAACUUACAUUUCUGUAAACCUGUUUGGAUUUGGCUCGUUUUUCUGUAAUGGCAAGUCCAGAAAGAAGAAGAAAUGAUUCAUUUAUUUAUUUUUUUCUGCCAUGAUAUUUUUUCAGUACAGAUCUCAUGGCUAAUGUAGCUGGUAUAGUACUGUUGUUAAUGAAUGUUUAUGUGAUCAAGUUCUAUUGGACAGUAAA